CAAAUUUUAAGAAAAAUUGGAAUUGUGUGGUUGUUGUUGAAUUGAUAAAGUGUGAAUAAAGUAAGAAUGAAUUGUAACCACCCAAAUAUUGCCAAAUAUGGUAUGAGACAAACUUAAUGGGACAGACGAAAAAGGUAAAUUGGGACAAAGUUAGAGGGACAGAGGGAGUAGUACAUACCAAAUAAGAUUAAACAAAAUACCUUUCCAUCAAGCCUUCGUGGCCUUGAACCCCUGCCCAUUGUCAUAACUGGAACCUCACUCAUAUGCACUAAUUAGUAGUGCAUAAAUGUAUCUUUUUAUGUUUGAUUCGUGUGGAUUGUUUACCAUUUUAUUUAGUUUGUAAGCAUUUAUGUGAUUUUAGUUGUAAUUGUAUUUUAGUUCUCAUUUGUAAGUUGUAAAGUAGAGUUAGGAUUUAUGGUGUUGGAAAGGAAGACUUUGAAUUGAAGAUAAUUGGCUGCCCAGGACAGUCACCCGGUCGGGUGAGGUAUUGCACCCGGUCGGGUGAGACUUGAAAUACGAAACUGCUCAGGAAACUACAUCACCCGGUCAGGUGAGGUAUUUUACCCGGUCGGGUCAGACAUGACCCGGGACAAAACGACGUGCAGAAACAUGAGAACAUGACGGAUUAUUUGAUUUUGACAUGCACCAGGUCGGGUGGGCACUUGACCCGGUCGGGUACCCGGCCAAAGGUGUUGAAAAACACCUAUAAAUAGCACACUUUUCCUUCACUUGUAAUCACUCCUUCCUUUAUACUCUUACUCUCAACUUAGAAUAAUAUUUCUUUUAUAUUUUUAUAGCAUGUUUAGUCUCCAAAUGAGGAGCUAAACUUCCAUUUCUUGGUGUUGCUCUUGAAGCUUGAUUAUUAAAGUUGUGAGUUAUUUUCUUAACUUCUUUCCUUGAAUAUUAAUUCUUCCUUUAAAUACUAAUUCUAUAUCAAUGUUGGGGAGUGUUACUAAGAUGACAAUUAGUUAACAUGUUGACAUUAGUUAUAGUAAUAGUUAUUUCUUUCUCUAUGUUAAUAUUGGGGAGUGUUACCAAGAUGACAAUUAGUUAUGUGACACCGCGCCCGGAUGUACUUGAAUUUGAAAUUCGACAUGUAAUUGAAUUUUCCUAGCAAAUAAAAUUCAUGUAAUUGAUUGGCAUAUUUAUUUAAUGUGCGAUUAAUUAAAUUAUUUAUCGGGUCCAGUAUAUGUGACUGGGCUACCAAAUAUUUAGUUGGGUCAUCAUAGUAAAUUAUAGAAGCCCAAUAAAGUGCCAACAAAAGUUGAUAAAAAUAUUUGGACAACCCGAGUGCUAUUUUGGCCCAACCUGCCGAAAAUAGCAGGAAUAAUUGGGAGGGACUUUCUAUACCCAAUUGGGGUUUUUCCUACAAGCCUUGUAGACUCAAAAUAAUAAUUUUGAGGCAAGUGAACAUGGGAGGGGCGGACUUAUUUGAUGAUGAGAUUGCACAAGACAAAAUAUCACCCCAUAUGGCCUAUCAACACCUCAACUUGGAGGUUUGAUUGAGAUACAAUACCUCCCCCUUUCCCAUUGCAAUCAUUCGGCCAUAUCAAGAAGGAAGAACCUCUAGGAAGAGCUCUCAAAAAGUCCAAGGAUUGGAGGAAGCAAGAAGGAAGUAUUCCCAACACAAAAGGGCUAGGAUUUGAGGAGUUGAAACCGCCGGAAACCGCCAAGUAUAGGAGGCUGUUCGUAGCUGCAGACCACGAAAGCCGCCCACCUUUCACGAAAGCCGCCCGGCUUUCGUCUGCUGUCCAGAUUUUUCAUCUCCAAUCGGUUUAGAACGGGGAUUGAUCGAAGGGCUUAACGAAGGCAACUAUUGCAGCACAUCAUAAGUUUCAGGUAGGGAGUAAAGCUUGCUACCAUCGCCCGUUGCUUCGGGGAGCUCAGGGAGAGAAGACGUGAAAUGGAGCCAAUCGGAAGAAUCACUAGGAGGAACCCGACGGGCCGUGUGCCGGGUGGAUCCGAACGCGGCAGCCGGGGGUCCACUAGGGUGUCAAGGGGAAGGGGCCGUGGAGGCCAACAACAAACCGUGAGCGAUGGCCACGUUGACACGGAGAGUGAGACUUAUUGGUCCUAUGAGGACUCAACCUAUAGGCCGGAAACCGAGCCGGUGGAGACCCCUUAUGAAGGGGAUGAUGAUGAUGAUGUUAGCGACGAGGAGCAAGAUGGCUCCUUGGCGAGAAUUGAGGCGUUGCUCCAACAAUACCACCGAGAGCGCGAGGAGAGGAGGGAACGCCGAAGGCGCCGAGCGGGGCAACCUUCGGGUAUGGCUUCAAGAGGAGGAAGCCACAAUGCAUCUAGAGUCCAUGUGGAACCACAUGGAGGCCGAAAUGAUGGGGGUCCAACCAUAAGGAUCUCCAAGUUUAUCAAGGAAGCAAGAGACUUGGGGUGCAAACCCUUUGACGGGACCGGAGACAUUUCGGUUGCCGCCCAAUGGAUCAAGAGGUUGAAUGAAGCAGCCCUUGACAUGCAAAUCACGCCUAACCUUAAACUGAGAAUAGCGGUAAGGUUGCUUGAGGGGAUGGCAUCCAAAUGGUGGGAUGGAACCAAGAGUAAGUAUGGCGAGGGCGUCGUUUGGGAGGACUUCCAACGGGAGUUCUUUGCCCAAUAUUACUCCGACUUCGAGGUGAACAAGAAGGUGAGGGAAUAUACCCUCCUAACUCAAGGGGGUAACAUGACGGUGAAGGAACUUGAGUACAAGUUUCGGGACCUUGCCGACUACAUACCGGAGUACGCUUGUGAUGAGAACCGGAUGGUGAACCACUUUUGGGAUGCCCUAGACUUGGAGAUACGUGAUAGGGCAACACAAUUGCGUAACAUGACCUUCGCCCAAGUGGUAGACCAAGCCUUGAAGGGCGAAAAACAGUGGGAAGAGAGGAAGAAAAGGGAUGCCGAUGAGGCGAAGAAAAGAAAAUGGGAGAACCAUGGCCCCCAAGGUUCUAACAAGAAGGGGAACCACGGGGGAGGUAGCUCAUUUAGAACCCCUGCACCACCAUCGAAGGGAAACCAAGGCCCAACUGGGCAAAGCUCGAGGUCACAAAACUCGGGAGUACCAAGGUGCAGCAACUGCAAGAAGCUUCACCAAGGCAAGUGCCGUGAUCCCCCGAGAUGCUAUCAAUGCGGGGAGGUCGGGCACAUGAAGGUGAGUUGCCCACAACUUGGGCGAGCCGUGGGUGCCGGACCAAGCAGUGGAACCAUGGUGAGCAGGAACCGAACGGGAGCACCGAGUGCAAGCAUGGGGCACGGUGGAGCUAGCACAAGCAAUGCACCGUCCGUUAAUCAAGGGAGGACCCAAGCGAGGGUCUAUGCGAUUACGGAGGCCGAUGCACGUGCUAACCCGGACUCCGUCGCGG